CAGCUCCAAAAAUAUUUUAAACAGUGCUCCUGUCGGCCCACGAGAAGGAUACCACCCGACACCAACUACCAAGCCACCAAUUUAUAAGGGGUCCUUCUAGCAGGUUUUGCAACAAAGCAGCUGCAGCCUACAGCCCCACAUAGCACAACAACUAGAAAGAAAGAGAACAUGGCCAGCAAGGUGUGCCUCUUUCUUCUCGCGUUCCUCAGCGUCGUGGUCGCGCUUGCCAACCCCGUCGCCGGCGGCGGGAUCAAGGCCACGUUCGCCGGCAGCCCGGAGUCUUGGUCCGGAGAGGCUGCGGUGCUGCGGCAGCUGCUGUCGACGAGGCUGGAGGAUGCCGUGGCACCGGAGCUCACCGUGGACCUGCACCUCCACCGCCGUGUCCUCGCCGGCAUGGUUAAAGGGUCAGCGUUGAAACCUGACAGCGCGGCCUGCAUAGGGUCGUGCCCGGCGCGUGGGGAUUCGUAUACCGGCCGAAGCCGGGGAUGCCUGAAGAAGUACCAGUGCAACGGCUGAAGGAGCGUUCCUUGCAUCCUCGAAGGCAUCAUGAUCAUUUGUUUGAUGUCUGCCUUGUUAUUGCUUUCAGUGUCUUGUAAUAAUUUUGUGAUGUCUUGCUGGAAUAAUAAAUUCUACGCAAAGCUGAUUUUAUAUGUUCUAUUGCUUUCAGUGUCUUGAAACCGUUUAGUUUUUUUUGUAAGAAUAAAUUCUAAUCAUUUCUAUCGGCAAUUAUUUUUA